GGACCCAGAUUUAGGCUUCUUUCUCAAGAAGAAAUAGGCGCCCCUAUUUAUUCUAUCGAUUGGUCAAACAACCAUAUACUUGUAGGAACAACAAAAGGAAGCACAAAAUUGCUGAGGUUUGACAUGGAUUACGGUAAUGGUCUUGUUAAAAGCUUGUCGACCCUUGGGGAGUAUGAUAUUCCAAUUUCUGAGAUUCCAAUGAGCUCCUCCUCUUUUGUUCCCAAUACACACGUCAAAACAGUACAAUUCUCACCCACAUACGGUAAUACGAGCGCAGGUGAAUUAUCUAUUCAUGAGGCUUCUUCAUCGUCGUGCUUCCUCACCACUGCCAUAUCUCAGCUGCAAAUAUGGAAUGUCGAACAACCAAGCCUGCCCCUCAUGCGUAACAAUCCAAGUGAACUACCGCUGACAACUGCUAGUUGGUCCCCUACGCAUCCUCAUUCUUUGAUUGCCUGUGGUGGUGAAGAUAAAGCGAUAAACAUCAUCGAUAUCCGUGUACCACCCUCUACUAGCGAAGAGCAGCAGCAAAGUGUGUGGAGAACUGAAAAUGCUCAUGACAGAUCUAUUCGAGAUGUUCAAUUCAACCCAUUUAUACCUUAUUGGCUAGCUUCAGCAGGUAUUUGAGGAAUGAUGACCGAGAUGGGUAGUCACUUUUAUGUUAUAUCACCCCCUAUGUUGCUAAUAUUGUUUUUCUCCCCCCCCAGGCGAGGAUGCUAUAGUCAAUAUUUGGGAUAUACGAGCAACAUGUCAGAAGCCUGUAGCAAAAAUCGAUGGACUUAAUGGUAUA